UUAAGAUUCACUAUCUAUUAAGAAUUGCGAUUGUCAACUAGUUUUCAUUGACAGGUUAUGUAUUUUUAUAUUAUCUAUGUCUCUUAAAAUUUUUUCAACUUUCAUUUUUUUGUUGUCUCAGUACGUAACUUUGUAACUUUCUCUUUUAAGUAGAGAAUUUGUGUUUCCAGUUAAUUCUCUCUUCUAUAUAAAUCUCAAUCACACAUUUUUUACUUUAUUAAUCUCCACGUCGGUCAAAUUUGAUAAAGUUUUAAGCGACAGAGGCAGUAUUUAUUCUAUGUGAGAAGAAUUAACAAAAUCCAUGGCAUGAACCAGAUACUCCACUAUGGAGGAUGGGACCGCCGGAGAAACCAGUUCUAUGCAAUGCAUGUGGAUCGAGAUGGAGGUUAAAGGGAAACCUCAAUGGUUAUGUUCCUAAACAUGCAAUGAGAGAUACUCCAAGUGAUCAUCACACACUAUCUUUUGAGAUGAAGUAUCAACAGAGGAUAAUCAACUCUCAGCAAAAAGUGAAACCAGAAGGAAGUGAUAUGUCAUCCACUUCUCCUAAGGAGGAUCAAUCUGGCACUUCAAGCUCUGAAUCUUCAAUACCAUCCCCGGAAAAAUGCAUACAAGGAGCACAAGUUAUUGUAAUGGGAGAAGCAAAUCAAAGUAAAUCAACUUGGAAUGCUAACAAUGUCACUAGAAAGAAAAGGUCAACUCUUGAGGAACAAAGUUAUUCAUCCAUUGAUACUUUCUAUUUGCAACUUCAGCACAUUCAAAAUGAUAUUGUUGAUGAAAAUAACAUAUCUUAUCAAGAAGGGGAAGACACUCUGAUCUAUCAAAAGUGGCAAUGUAUUCCUGACAAUGAGAUUGGUUUCGGAGCUACUACCCUUAGUCCUCUUAAAUAGGCCACCAAAAGACAUAUAUUAUGCACCAAUUACAAAAUAUCACCGGCAUAUAAUUAAACACUCUUUGAGACACUAAAUGUGC